AUGUCUUCAGCCCAUAAGCCACAGACAAUCAAGUUUUCAGACGGAUCGAGCCGACAAAGAGCUCGACAGCGGAUAUUGAGGCAAUUGACAAAGACCAAGGGCUGGGAGCGCGAUACAAGUCACCCCAGGCGGAGGGUACUAAGUGCACUUGUGGGGUUCCUAGAGUACAGGGAGAAGAUGGAAGAAGCCGUUCGAAGGAAGAGAGAUGGGUGGAACAAGUUGACUGUUAGACAGAAGGAGCUUAUGUCUACAGUUCCCUACGGCGAGAAGCUGGAAAAGACAUCCGCUCUCAUUCGCGAGAACGACAACCUGGUGCAGAAAAUCGUCGAUCAUGGGCUUUCAUACUACGAUCUGACAUUUACCGAGCUCUUGUCCUUCAGAUCUGCGCACAAGAACGACACCAGGUCUGUGGCGGACCACAGUUCAGUGAUACAGUCUUUAAAGCACUUUAUCCGCGACUGGUCCGCCGCGGGAAGCCAUGAGAGAGAUACGACCUUCCCGCAAAUCCUCACUACCCUGGAAUCACUCUAUCCUGACCAUGUAGGACGAGGGCAAAAGAAAGUCCUUGUUCCUGGCGCGGGGUUGGGGAGGUUAUCGUACGAGAUUGCUGCCAUGGGGUUCCAAACUGUUGCGAAUGAAUACAGCUUUUAUCAGAACCUAGCACAACUUUGGAUACUUUCCCUCCCCAACACAACACAAAGGGAGUCCUUCAAGCUGUACCCAUUCAUUAACUGGUGGUCACACCAGCGUACAACCACCUCGCUGCUUCGCGGUGUCUCAUUCCCGGACACGGAGCUGUCGGCUUUGGCACUCGAGAAACUCUGCCUGAUCGACGGUGAUUUCACGACUGCGUUUUACGCAGAGGCCAGUAGUUAUGACGUUGUCGUGACACUGUUUUUCAUCGAUACGGCGCGUAACAUUGUUGAUUACCUAGACAAGAUACACGCCGCUUUGAAACCCGGGGGAGUGUGGAUCAACCUCGGACCGCUACUGUACGGGACGAGCCCGUGGUUAGAGCCGUCACUUGACGAAGUCUUGGCAAUUGCGGAGAACAUAGGGUUUGAAUUAGUACCGACAGAGGAGAGGUGGGGGACGGACUCCUUUGCAGAUGUGGAAGCUUGGAGGGGCAAGGUGAGGGGUGCGUUUGCGGGGUACGGUUGGGAUCAAGACAGCCUUAGUCGCAACGCCUAUUCGGCGCAGUUUUGGGUGGCGGUGAAGAAAUAA